CUGUUGUUCGCUGGCGAUGACGAUUUAUAUGAUAUGAUCCCGGAAUUGUUUUGUCGAUUUCAUGGAGCCCAGGUCUCGUUCCCCGAAAAUCUAGUCAGAAAUAGGAAGAGUUGCACGCCUCAAAGCUUCACAUCGGUGCACUUUUGUCUGCAUAUCUUUUCAGCCCGAACGCUUUUCAUUCAGUUGGUUGAGUGACGGCAACCGUUCACUUAAAGAGCUGGACGUAACAUCGCAGUUGCUAACGUACCUGAGCGAUACUUCGGUUUGGUGUACAUCGCACGCAACUCUUAUUCCAGUUUUCGUUGACUAUGGAUGACCGUGACCAAGAUUGUGUAGACACCGUGACUCAGCCGGGUACAUCUUCUGACACUAAGGGAGGCGAGGUUAUUGGUCCAGCUCAAGCUUACACAAAGGAAGAACACGAUGACGUCCAAUACAGGAUGAGGGGCGAGAAUCGUGUCAGGGCCAUCAUCCUCAACAACAAAGAUUUUGUAUGUGGCAAGAGAACAAGAACUGGAACUGAUGAAGAUGCUUCAGAUGUAUGUGACAGUUUCAACAAUCUUGGUUUUAAAGGUGGUGAGGCACAACGACAAGACAAGAAAACAGAUGGAAAAGAUCAUUACUGACGAGGCAGCGUUGGAUUUCUCCUUUUAUGAUUGUUUGGUUUGUGUCAUCCUGACUUAUGGCGAGAAGGGACAGAUCUAUGGAACAGAC